AUGUCUUCGCUGAAACCAAAAGAAAUUGAUUUUAAUGAACAAUGGUCAAUAGUACUUGGCACUGUUCGUUCCGUUAUUAGUAUGGGUCGUUUUGGUCAUACGAAUAAAGCAACAUGGCAAGAAAGAUUUUUCGAUAUAUAUUAUUUAUGUGUCGCUACACCAGAUUCUCAUGCUGAACGAUUAUAUGAGGAAACAAAAAAAUUUCUUGAAGAUCAUUGUAAAUCCAUGAAAAAAGAAAUAUCGGAAUCUGAUCAGAAUAUGCUUAGUAUAUAUGUUAAAUAUUGGACGGAAUAUAAAACUGGUUCAGAUUGGCUUAAUAUACUCUAUGCAUAUUUAAAUACUCAUUAUGUUAGAAAACGGCAAACCAAUGAUUUGGAUAAUAGUUAUCCACCAUUUGAAUGUAAUAGUGAUACUAACGAUGCACCUCUAGUCGAGAUAGGAGAGAUGGCUCUCGAUUGUUGGACAAGAAUAAUCAUAGAACCAGUCAAAGAACGACUAGUUAAAUUAUUACUCGAACAAAUUCAUCUUGAUCGUAUAUGUGAGUGUGUUAAUCAAACAACUAUAAAAGGUGUUAUUAUGUCAUUUGUUGAUGUAUGUCAACAUAAAAAAGUCAAUGCAUUAGAACUUUACGAAAAAUCAUUUGAAAAUCGAUUACUUCAAGCAACUGGAGAAUAUUAUCGAGAAGAAGGAAAUCGUUGUUUAACAAAACAUGAUUGUAUUCAAUAUAUGAAAAAAAUUUUAUUAUUAAUUGAUGAUGAAGAAUUUCGUAGUCGUAAAUUUCUUAAUCCAACAUCAUAUUCAAAAGUUUAUAAUGAAUGUCUUCAACGUCUUGUUUGUGAUCAUUUUGAUACACUUAAAAGUGAAUGUAAUGAACUUAUUAUUAAAGAAGAUUUAGAUGCACUUAAUAAUAUGUAUAAAUUACUUAAACCAACACAUAUUGGUAUAAAUUAUAUGGUUGAAAAAUUACAAGAUCAUAUAUCACGUAUUGGUCAUGAAAAAAUUCAAUCACUUAAAGGAGAAAAUUUAUCAACAUUAUUUGUUGAAACAUUACUUGAAUUACAUACAAAAUAUAUGAAUGUGAUAAAAGAAACAUUUGUUAGUGAUCCAGAAUUUGUUUCAUCACUUGAUAAAGCUUGUGCUACGAUUGUGAAUAUGAAAUAUGGUAAUCGUUUAUCGGCUAAAGCACCUGAAUUGCUUGCUCAUUAUUGUGAUAGUUUAUUACGUAAAUCAUCAAAAGCAGCUUCUGAUAGUGAAAUUGAAGAAAAAUUACUUAGUUCAAUAACAAUAUUUAAAUAUCUUGAUGAUAAAGAUUAUUUUCAACGUUUUUAUCAAAAAAUGCUUGCACGUCGACUUAUUAAUCAACAAUCAAUUUCAAUUGAUGCUGAAGAAUUUAUGGUUACAAAACUUAAACAAAUAUGUGGUUAUGAAUUUACUGGAAAAUUGGCUCGUAUGUUUCAAGAUAUUAAAGUUAGCGAUGAUCUAAAUAUUGAAUUUUUGGAAUAUCUCAAAUCGGAAUUAUCGUCAACAGCACACAAUCAAACAAUGACUGGUUUGAUUGGUCUAGAUUUUAAUAUAUAUGUUUUACAAGCAAAUUCAUGGCCAGUUUCUCAACCCACAACUAAUACAUUUAUUCUUCCUAAUCUUCUUGAAAAACCAUUACAAAUGUUCGAAGCAUUUUAUGGUAAAAAAUAUAGCGGUCGAAAAUUAUGUUGGAUGUAUAAUUUAUCGAAUGCUGAAAUUCGUAUGACUCAUUUGGAUCGUUCAUAUUUUGUUACAAUGGGUACAUAUCAAAUGGCUAUAUUAUUACAAUUUAAUGAACAUCAACAAUUAACAAUUAAUGAAAUAGAAGAAGCAACGAAACUUAAUAUAAAAGAACUUGAAAAACAAAUUAUUUCAUUAAUUGAUGCUAAAUUUUUACUAGCUGAAACUAGUAAUUUAGCAUCAAAUUCAAUUAUAUCAGUUAAUUUUGAUUAUAAAAAUAAACGAACAAAAUUUAAAGUACCAUUAUUACCUCCAAAAGAAGCCAGUCAUGAUUCUGAAUCAUCACAAAGAGCUGUUGAAGAAGAUCGUAAAUUUUAUCUUCAAGCUGUUAUUGUACGAAUAAUGAAAGCACGUAAAAAAUUAAAACAUAAUUCAUUAAUUGAAGAAGUUAUAACACAAUCUAAACAACGAUUUUUACCAUCAAUUCAUAUUAUUAAAAAAUGUAUUGAAAUUCUUAUUGAUAAACAAUAUCUCGAACGAAGUUCAAAUGAUGAAUAUAGUUAUAUUGCCUAA